GGUUCAAUUGCUACGUAACACUAGCUUAAUAGCUACUUUAAUUCUCGCAAUUAAUCCCCCUGUAGCUAGGCGAAGCCGUAAAGGCAUUCCCGCUUUCCACGAUAUGACAUGCCAUAUAUUCUUAUGGUAGAUAGCCGAAGAAAAUCAACAACAGCGUUUCAUGGCCAUCCUAGCUCGCACCUGUUGAGGUUGCGCAUCCCGCAUCUGCCGAACCUUUUGACUCUCUCAUCGCAAUCCUGCUCUUUCAACCUAUUCCACUAGUCAAUUCCUGGACAACGGGCUUCCACCGCGAAUAUGAGCUUUUCCCCUCCUUCUACCCCUCCAUCAAGGGCCCCAAAAAAGGACGAGCGGAGAUUCAGAUCCAUUACCUCACCCUGUGAGUGGGUAGAAGAUUAUCACCCAGGUGGUUAUCAUCCAAUCCUUCUUGGUGACGUCUUUAACAAUGGCCAAUACAAGGUCAUUCGGAAGCUCGGUGAGGGGUCCUAUUCAACAGUCUGGUUAGGGCGUGACCUGAGCAAUAAUAGAUAUGUCGCCCUCAAGUUUCUUGUCUCGGAAAUCUCGAGACCGACUGAGCUACGAAUCUUACGACACAUUACAAAAGUCGCACCAGUGGAGGCGUCCCUAUAUAUCACACAGCUACUUAGCGAAUUCCAGCACCACGGCCCUAAUGGGAUUCACAAUUGCUUAGUAUUCGAGCCCAUGGGUCCGAGUGUAAACACCAUGGUCGAGGAGCUGCCUCAAUUCAAACCCCGUAAGUGGGACAUGAAGGUCCGCUAUCCACCUCAGAUGGCAAAGAGCAUCCUCAAGCAGUCCUUGCUAGCCCUGGCAUUCCUUCAUGAGAAUGGUAUCGCCCAUGGCGACCUCCAGCCGGGAAAUAUGCUUUUUACUCUCAACGAUAUCGACUCAAAGCCAGAGGAUAUAAUCCAGCAGGAGGAAGAUGAGCUAGCCGAGUCAAUAUCGCCCCCGGUACAGAGGCUAGACGGCAAAGAAGACAAGUGGGCCCCGCGAUAUCUCUGUAUGGCGCAACCGCUAGUGCCCUACACCAACUAUACGGAAGGCUUCAAGAUCAAAUUAUCCGAUAUGGGUGGUGCAUAUUUCUUCACGGAUCCGCCGGCACGGCUUGUCACUCCCCUCGGCCUUCGGGCACCCGAGUUGAUUCUUACUGGGGCUGUUAACAAGACCCUUGAUGUUUGGAGUUUCGGCUGCCUUAUCUUCGAGCUUAUCACUGGGUAUCCCCUCUUCUGCGUACCGGGAUCCAAGUAUGAAGAUGAUAACCACCUCCUCUCCCUCAUUGCCCGGCUCGGCCCCCUGCCCGACGAACUCUUCAACAGUUGGAAGACAUCUUCGCUAUACUUCACGCCCGAGAAAAAGCUCUUUAAUUGUCGCCUCGGAGGGGUUGCGGACGGGCGUGAGCCGCUCAUGGAGGAGCAGACAUCCAUGGAGGAGUGGUUCGAUGAAGCAGGUCCUGAUCUCGACGAGGAGGAGGCGCGCAAUGUAAAGGCGCUUAUACGACGGAUUUUACAGUACGAUCCUGCGGAGAGGCCUUCACCUGCAGAACUUCUGACCGAUCCGUGGUUUUACGAGAUUGAGGCUGAGAGCAGUUUAUAGGCAAUCAGCUAGUACAUAUAAUUCUACGUAGCAUUGAUCGCCUCGGACUUUUGACGCUGAUAAUGAAACUCUUCAUCUGUCGUAACUAAGAAAACUAGAGUCACGAGUUGUGCCUCGUUGACGAGGUGGUGGCAUUCAAAAGGUGAUAACGUAAGAGGGCCACAUCUGGACUCAGUAAUAUGAUAAGAGGUUUCUACAGUUUGGGAUUAUUGAUGUACAUUAUUCAAGCACAGUAAAGGUCGGGACAGAGAGCAUCAAAGAAAGCUGGGCACAACUAUUAGUACUGCGAGGUACGAAAGACUAACUAGAGCAUACUGUGAGUGUUAUAAUAUUGUAACCCUUAUUUAGAGUUAGGCUUCUUCGCUAUCUAUACAUGCCUAGUUUCAAGUAUUGAUAUAAUUUUAAUAGAAAG